GUCCUGCAGCGGCUGAUAAAAUCAAGAGGAAAAUCUCAAAGCAAACAUUUGAACGUGCAGCUCGUUGCAGCAGAAAAGCUGUCCCAGUGUCCUUCUGAGAUGUUUGAUAUCAUUUUGGAUGAGAACCAGCUGGAGGAUGCCUGCGAACACCUGGCAGAAUACCUGGAGGCGUACUGGCGAGCGACACACACGUCACUUAGCACACCACUCAACCCCCUGCUGGGACGCAACCUGGGCUCCACGGCUCUCUCUCCGUAUCCCACUGCCCUUCAGGUGAAGUUAUGGAGCUGGAGAAGAACGUUUCCUCAUACUUUUCUAUUAAAUUUGGUCUUCUAAAUUAUUUGUCAGUGUUCGUGGAAGCUCUGCUUUAGGAAACCUUCAUAUCACUGUCAGUUUAGCAAGUUCUAUGCCUGGAUGGUUAUUACUGAGCCCAAAUAGAGGUGGUAGUACUGGCACAUCUUUUUACAGGAAUAUCUUACAUUUCUGCUGGGAUAACAGUGUAAUUUAAAUUAACUGCAUUCUAAAGGUUUAUAUCAGGGCUAUUCAACUAAACUGCUUCGAGGGCCACAGUUACUGCAGACCAACA